AUGGCUUUCACGAAAUUUUACGGCACAAAAAACCCCGCUGAGCCUGAGCAGACUGAGGAGCCCUUCUAUAAAUAUUACGACGAGACUCCAGAUGGUGUGCGAACAGAGGCACAGCCUGAUCCUGAAGAAGACGAGUUGUUGGAAGGUCUUCAAGAGGCGGUUCGAGAAAUAAAAGAUGAUAUUGGGGAAAUAUCAGCGGAGGAACUCGAGGAGGUAGACGAAGAUGAAGAACCAAGCCUUCACAUGGAGGAAUGGGAAGAUGCAAUGGAUGCGAAAAUAGAACGUUUAGACGCCGAAGUAAAAAGAUUGGAGAGCAUUACCAAUAAGCCCGGUCCCAUGUCUGAAGAAGACCGGCAAAGGAUACGAGAGUACUUCUUACAGUCUGUCGAGGAAGGCAAGUUUUUGUAUAAUGGCUCACAAGCUAUCUCCACCCCCGACUUCUUCCACAACAGAACAAUUUCUCAAGCCACAACCAAAGCCGGAUUCCAUCACCGUACCACAAUCAAAUCUAAAGACUCUUUUAAUACCGGAAAAGCCAUACCCUGA